AUGAAGUUCUCUUCUCUCGUUUCUGCCUUUGCUGCUGUCUCUUCUGUCUUUGCCGCUCCUCUCGAAAAGAGAGACGACAACGAGUUGUCGGCCUCUAACAAGACCAUUCUUCUUACCAACGACGAUGGUUGGGCUGCCACUAACAUCCGUGCCGCCUACCGUGACUUGAAAAACGCUGGUUACAAUGUUGUCAUGGUUGCCCCAGUCUCGCAAAGAUCUGGUUUCGGUGGUCAGUUCAACAUUCCACCAACUGCCAACUUGACUACUGACGGUGGAUUUGCUUACCCACCUCAGGGCGCUCCAUCUUGGGGCCACGAAGAAGAUGACUUGAACAUCUGGUACUUCAACGGAACCCCAGCUUCUUGUGUUGCUUUCGCUGUCAACUACGUCUUCCCAACCUACUUUGACAACGCCACCAUCGACUUGGUUGUUGCUGGUCCUAACGAGGGUACUAACCUUUCUCCUGGUAUGUACACCUUGUCUGGUACCAUUGGUGCCACCUACUCUGCUGUUGGCAGAGGCAUUCCAGGUAUUGCUUUCUCUGGAUCCAACGGUAACAACUCCUUCUUCAAGGACGAUGUUGCUAGAGAGAACGACGUCAACUUCACUCCAAACAUUUACGCCAGAAAGGUCGUUGAGAUGGUCCAGAUUUUGUUCAACUCCUCUGCCAACCACCCUAACUUGUUGCCUCUUACCACCGGUAUUAACGUCAACUUCCCUCCAACUGGUGACGAAGACAAGUCUUGUUUGGACCCACAGUUUGUCUUCUCCCGUUUGAGUGGACCAGACUCUAUUUCCCCAGACAUGGCCUUCAACGAGACUUCGGGCUUGUUUGAGUGGAAGAACGGUCACUUCACUGGCACCACUCAGUGUAUCUUUGGUAACUGCGACUUGCCAUCCGAAUCUUGGGUGUUGGCUGAGGAAAAGUGCAAAACCUCCGUCUCUGUUUUCUCCAUUGACUAUGAUGCUUCUUACAAGCAAGCACAAACCGUGGAGAACUACUUGGCUCCGCUUUUUGAGAAAGCUUAA